AAAGAGGAGGAAGGAGAAAAGGAGGCAACGAAGGCGAAGGCGAAGGUGGUGGAGAGGGAAGGCAGCCGCCGACUCAGCUAGUAGUAGUAGUAGUAGCAGUGGGGAUCGCGCGCGUCGGAAGGAACGAGAGAAGGAGAAGGAGAAGAGUCGUCGGUGGUAGGGGAAAGCGAGAGUGCAGAGAAGCAGAGGCAGCGCGCUGAGCCACGAGGGGGCUAUUCGAGCGAGAAGGGGAGGGGUGGCAAGGAGCCCUGGCGGGGAGGGGACGCGGAGGCCUUCGGGGGGCCGACCAACCAGACGGCCGAUGAUGUCAUCGGAGGAGGAGACCGAGUGUUUCGCCCUCUACGGAGCAACCACGGAAAGCAAGCAACAGCAACUCCUGAAGAAGCAGAAGCGCACCAGACAGCGCGUGGACGCCGGCGAGCCACGCAACAGCUACUCGAGCAUACCGAACUUUAGCUCCCGGCCAUCCUUCCUCGGCGGUGGUCUGUACGGCUCGAUCUUCAGUGGUAGCGGGCCGACGUCGCAUCAGCAACAACAACAACAACAGCAGCAGCAGCAACAACAACAACACCAACAGCAGCAGCAGCAGCAACAACAACAACAACAACAACAGCAGCCACAGCUCCAUCAACAUCACCACCAGUCACAGCAGCAACAGCAGGCUGGAGCGGCUGGUAGUCAAGGUCACUUGGGUGCAGCGACGACGGGUCCUACAACCCAAAAGCAUUCCGCCCACUUCGGCUUCUUCGGGGCAUCGGGCUUCGGCCCCGCCAAGAUGCUGAACGAAUUACUCGGACGGCAGGUCAAGCAGGCCAGUGACGCCGGCGGUUCGCCGCCAGAGGGCGGACACGGGAUGACCGGUGCCGGCAUGGAUCCAAACGCGAACCUCCAACCGGGGGCAGUCGUCAAUUGCGACGACCCCGCCACAGCCGAGUUAACGCAACACAUGCUCCGCGACAUUCUCCAGGGUCGAAAGUUGCCCGCCCUUUCCGUGCAAGAGCAACCAAACAACAACAACAGUAUACAUAGCAACAAUAAUAACAAUACCACCGCGGAUAUCCUCAAGUCCCAGCAACAGCAUCAGCAAAGUCCCCAACAACAGCAUCAACAGAACAGUGAUAGUGCGCGCAGUGGAACAGUGCAGAGUGGCGGAGAGGAAAGUGGUGAUGGCAAUAAUGUCCUCGUGAAUAGCACGAACCACAGUGAUCGUGAUACGGUGAUGCCUGCUGACGCGGAGGAUAGCGCCGAGGACGCCGCCUCCACGGCACGUGCCAUGGAGGAGGCAUUCGCUGAGGUAGGCAUCGAGCCCGGUACCAAUCUCGAUGGCUCCGAUUGCGAUCAGAGCUUACCGCCCAGUCCUACGGCUCCGAGGUCGGCCUCGGUAUCGGUUAAGGAGGAAAUUCAAGACUCUUUGAACAUCAAGCGUAGUCCUAGCCAUUCUCCUUGCCCGAUCAUACCUAAAACCGAGACGAGCUCUCCUACAACGGAGUUGAAGCGCGCUCGGGUGGAAAACAUUGUUAGCACGAUGCGCAGUAGCCCCGCGCUUCAGCCUACUCCGGUAAACGGUUGUAAGAAGCGAAAGCUCUAUCAGCCGCAGCAACAAACCGUGCACCACGUUCUCCAGCACGGUAUCAAUGACACUAUGAUGGACGACGAGGAGGAAAGCGAGGAAGAAGAUGAUCAAUCGACGAUAAAGCAGAAACGAAAGCAGAAGGCCUCUCUGAAGAGUCAGCUCAAGAUAAUGCACGAGCAACUCGCGGAGAUGCAAGCAAAGUAUUUGGAACUUUCGAGCAAGGUGGAGCAUGACACGAGUGAGAGCAGCGACGCACCCGCCAGUCCGCAGCAACUACCCGAACCACCCCCUAGACCACCGAGACCUCACCCACCGGCGUUCAACGGCCUCCAGACUCUUCCGCCCGACCAUCCGCAUGCCGCGGCAGCCGCCAUGUACCACAUGGGUCAUAAACUGUACCUCGGACAUCAGCAGUCCGCACUCGAAAGGAUGAAGCAGCAUCAGGAGGCGACCGUGAGACAGCAACAACAGCAGCAACAACAACAGCAGCAACAGGUGCAACAACAGCAGCAGCAGCAACAGCAGCAGCAGCAGCAGCACCAGCAACAGCACCAGCGACAAAGUUCUCCACAACCGCCUAGUCAAGCGCAGCAACCGAAUCAGAGCAAUACCGGACCGUCCACGCCGCAAACGCCACAACAGCUGACCAGCAGCAGCUCGUCCCUGCAACAGAAGGACUUCCAAGAAAGGUUAAACGUCUUCAGGGGCGCAGCUGCGGCGGCAGGUUCCUCGGGACCACACAUCACCGGUGCGGAUCUCGAAAUUCUGGCGGACAUUCUUAAAACGGAAAUCUCUUCGUCGUUCGCUAAUCUGAUCGACAGUAUAGUCGCGAGGUUUGUUCAACAAAGGAGGAUCGUCGGUAAGCAAAGCGAGGCGGCACAAGUAGCCACCGAGCAGCUGAACAAGGAUAUCCUGAUAGCGACUCAAAUGCUCGAAAGGAAAUCGCCAAGGACGAAGGUAGUCGACAGGGGAGCUCCACAACCUACCGGUGGCCCAAACGGGCCACGGGGGCCCCUAACCGGUGGGCCCCCUCCAACGCAACCAACGGCUUUUUCCCAAAUAGGGCCCAUGGCUGGUGGGCACCAUGGUCCUCACUCUGGUCCCACAGAAAAUAAUUUAAAUCAGAUGAAUCAGCUACCCCCACACGUCAGGCCCGUUGGGAUGUUUCAGACACCGAUGCCGCAAAAAAUAUACGGCAUCGGACCGAUGCAGUCGCAACAGCAGCAACAACAGCAACAACAGCAGCAACAACGCGAACAGCAGCAAAGGGAGCAGCAACAACGCGAACAAUAUUGUAAUCUGAGGAACGACGAGAGGGAAGUCAGGGAUUCGGAACAGAACGAGGCUCUCUCCCUCGUCAUGACACCGAAGAAAAGGCGCCAAAAGGUAACCGAUACGAGAAUCACACCAAGGACUGUAUCAAGAAUUCUUGCGCAGGAGGGCAACGGAUCUCAAGGAGGCAGUGAAAGUCCUCCGCCAGCUCCACCACCGAGACCUUACCACGCGCCACCACCAAUGCUGCCAGUGUCCCUGCCAACAAGCGUAGCGAUACCAAACCCGAGCCUUCACGAAAGUCAGGUGUUCUCGCCGUACUCGCCGUUCUUCCCGGGAAUCAACACCCCACGUGGGGGCCAUGCAGGUCAGGUACCAGCAGCGGGAUCGCAUCAGUUGCCUGCGAGUCCUCCAAGUGGACGUGUAGAACUCAGGGAUUCUCCUCCACUUUCGCAUGCCCCGGCCAUGUUGCAUCCUGUUUUACUCGCGGCUGCACAACACGGUAGUCCGGAAUAUGGACACCUAAGGAUGGACAACAACGACCGUGUUAGUGAUUGCAACUCCGGAGACAUCGGCUACGACGGAAUUCAGCCUACAUCGUCGACGCUGACGCCGAUGCAUCUGAGGAAAGCGAAGCUGAUGUUCUUCUGGGUAAGGUACCCGUCUUCGGCCGUCCUCAAGAUGUACUUCCCCGACAUCAAGUUUAAUAAAAAUAAUACAGCGCAGCUGGUCAAGUGGUUCUCCAAUUUCCGGGAGUUCUACUACAUUCAAAUGGAGAAGUACGCGAGACAAGCGGUUUCGGAAGGCGUGAAAAACGCCGAAGACCUCCGAGUAGGAGGCGAUUCCGAAAUCUAUCGGGUGCUGAACCUACACUACAACCGUAACAACCACAUUGAGGUAUGGGAACCCCAGGUGCCGAGCAACUUCAGGUACGUGGUCGAACAGACGUUAAAAGAAUUCUUCAAGGCGAUCCAGGGUGGUAAGGACUCUGAGCAAAGCUGGAAGAAAUCUAUCUAUAAGGUGAUUUCGAGGCUGGACGACCCUGUACCAGAGUACUUCAAGAGUCCAAACUUUCUGGAGCAGCUUGAAUGAAUCAGGAGGUCGCGUGGCUCUUGCUCUUCGUGGUGCUCGGGGCCACCGACGCUAGACGGUUCCCAGUAAUCAAAAGAAGUAAAAGAAAAGGAAGAUUGAAAACGGCCGAGAUGAAGAGGAAGGAUCGCCACCACCAGCAGCGUUGUCGUCAUCGCCGUUCGAGGGACACUCGACUCCCUCGCACGUACACGUUCAGGUAUCCUAAAAUAACAUAUCGAAAAACGAAGCUGAAAUGGCGAGGAGUUAGAACGACGCGUUGUGAGAAAAGAAGGAAGAAGAUGAGCGUCGUGAAAUCCGUCGAAAUCGGGAAAUAAUAUAAAAGCGUACACGGAUGAGAUCGACCGACGAAGGAUCAGGCUGUGACCUAAUCGCGAUAUAUCGUAAGAUCUUACGAGGGGAAUCAUUAGGAGAGAAUUAACGAAAAAGAACGAAAACGUAUACAAGAAAAAGUGAAAGAGAGUAUUAGUCGAUUUACUCGACGAAUGACGAGAAACCGCGAGUCAACGAUCGAGCACGAACAAAAUUUUGAAUUUCGAUCGUGUUUGAGACUUUCUUUCGUAGGGUCUGUUUGUUAAUGUAAAAAAAGGAGAUAGAAAGAAACGAAAAAUGCAUUAUUAUUACCCGCCUAACUUUUAAGUCUCUGAUUCUUUCGAAAUCGAUGCGACGAAUAGGAAGUAAGCCUUCGAGGACGGGACUGCAUUCAUGGGGAAUGGUGAGUUGUUCUCGCCAUUAUUAAAAGAAUAAAAAAAAGAAAAGAGAAGAUAAAUUAAAGAAAAGACGUCACUGCUAUCGAGGAUCGAUAGAUGCGUGGAGCACGUGGUCGAGUAUCUUUCGGUGAUCUCGAACAACUCGAUGGAUCAUCUUCUGCUUUUCGAGAAAUACCGGAAGAGGAUCCUUCGACGAUUCACCGAGAAACGAUCUACGACGAAUGGCUCUCGUUGCCCUUCGUCCUAGAUCGUUUCUACGGUGUGAACUAAAAGCAAGAAGAAAGAGAAAAAAACAAGAAAAUAAAACAUUAGUAACAAAAAAAGAAACUGUGGUCCAAAAAUGUCGAUCCAUGUGGUCCACGCUUUUACGCGACCCUCGGAAAAAAUACCUCAAAAAUGAAAAUCUUUAUCUCGAUGUAAUGUCGAUGGACGGAGAAAAUUUUUGUUGUUUCGAAAUUUUAUGGUGUCUUCGUCGUCCCCAGGAGUGCAUGCCCGUUCGCGACGCAUCAUCGAAAAGGGCUAAAGGGGUAAAGGGUUGCUUUUUUUGGGAACUAGCACGUACUACUUUACUUUAACGUACGAGAUGAAACGUGACGGUGAGAUCUUCCUCUUAGAAAAAAAAAAAAAAAAAUUCAAAGAAGAAAUGAUCACGCUUGCGUGAGAUCAACGACGUUAUCCUUUAUGCUCGUCGUUCGCGAAGAUCGCGCGAGUUCUAGUUGAUCUUAACGAUCAACGACGACGAUCUCUCGAUGUUUCUUCGUCAACGAACAAGACCAAUUGAAUUUAAGUUGUCAACAAUCAAUGACAAAUAAAUCGACGUGAAAAUGCUUGGCCGGCGAAAGAAGAAGUUCUUCUUAAGAAAAGAGAGAUUCAAUUUCCUAAGAAAUUUCGUUCUUCGCUUCUCGCGCUUCUUGCAAUCGAUCGAACGAUGCAUGAGAUUUUAUCCCGAUUAUUAAUUUAUAUAUAUAUAUAUAUAUAUAUAUAUAUAUAUAUAUAUAUGGUAUAUAUAAUAAUCAGGUUAGGCUAGUCGCGAUAACGAGAGUACGAGUAUUAAGAGCAAAGAGAGAAAAAGAGAAAGAGAGAAAGAGACAGAGGGAGAGAGAAAGAGAGAGAGAGAUAAGAUAGAGAGAUAGAAAGAGAAAGAGAAAGAGAGGAGCGAUCUGACGUGGAAGAAACGAGCGUGCGCCGGCGAUGUUGUCCUAAAUAUAGACGAAACUAAAGCUAAUUAAUUAAUUAAUUAAAUGAUUUUAAUAACGCCGGUGCGUGCUAAAAUUAUAUCUAAAUAUAAAAGUAGAGUUAUAUUGAACACUUAUAUAAAAGUAUAUAUGUAUAUAUACUUAUAUAUAUAUGAAGAUGAAGAUAUAUAUGUAUAUGUAUACUCAUACACAUACACAUGCAUAUAAAAUAAUAGAUUUUUAAUUCGAGAAAGGAAUGCUGGCGCGACUGUUAGCAUUUAACGAGUGAGGAGAAUGCACGACGAAAGGGUCUCAACUUCUCGCGGACCCCUGUCUGUUCGUUGCACAGGCUGCGUUAAAAAUACGAACAACGUCGUUUCUGCGUUCUCGUCGCUGCCUUUUUUUUCGCAAAAGAAAAACCUGUAGAUACGGUACAACGUUAAUAUUAAAAAUAUUUCGGGUAGUAGCGAGUCCUGAUAUAAUAUAAGCACAUUCCCAAUCCCUCCUCACCACUUAUUCCCCUCACCUUUAUUACUGUCGCUAUUACAUGCACCAUUAUUAUUAUUAUUACCUUUAUUAUUAUUAUUAUUAUUAUUAUUAUUAUUAUUAUUAUUAUUAUUAUUAUUAUUAUUAUUAUUGUCUUCAUUAUCGUCACAGACAGUACGAUUAUUAUUAUUAUUAAUCUUUAUCAGUCUAUGUACAUGAGGAUUUUAUUAAGACCACGAUUAUAAUAAUAAUUAUUAUACUAUUAUUAUUAUUAUUAUUAUUAUUAUUAUUAUUAUUAUUAUUAUUAUUAUUAUUAUUAUUAUUAAUAUUAUGAUUAUCCUCAUUAUCGCGGUCAAUUUAGUUAAUUUUAAAUUAAGUCCGUUACUUCGAUUCCAUGCCAACGGUUCUUAAUGUUUUUGUUUCUCGAACUCGAUUGCUUAUUCUCUCUUUACCUCUAAUGCUUCUUCCAAAAAAUUGUACAUCCCCAAUCCCAAUAUUGCGCUGUAUCUUUUCUCUAUACGUCUAGUUAUUGCAUUAUUAUUAUUAUUAUUAUUAUUAUUAUUAUUAUUAUUAUUAUUAUUAUUAUGUUAUUAUUAUUAUUAUUAUUAUUAUUAUUAUAUUAUUACUAUUAUCAUUGAAAAUUAUACCGGUAGCAUGUGACGUGCAGUACACAAACACACUUUUUGCAAGCGGUGAGUCUUAACCUAGUCACAAAUCAAUAUUUUUUAAUUAAUCGACGAUCGAUUUAUUGAUUAUUUUAUUUAUUAUUCACGACAAUAAAACAAAGAAAAAAAAUUGAAUUUAAUUUGAAUUUUAAUUUGUCGAUUACCAAAAUAUUUUUCUUUUGCAUUUAUUUCUUAUAUCCUAAGUUUCUUCGAAAAGUGAUGGCCGAAAAAAGAAAAAAAUUCCUCGCUUCCGAAUGUUCCAUAUAAGUUAUUAUCGACUGCCAACCCGGCCUACCUUUAUGCGAAGUCGAAGAAAAUUUGGUCCAUAAAGAUCAACGAAGAUGUCAUCGAGGUCAUCAAGGAUUUGAGGAUCAUAGAUCGCGAAUAAAAAGAAGCUUCUUUUGUGUAAAAUGAAAAGGAAAAUAAAUGUUAAUGACGAAAGCGAAUCUAGAAACGAUCGGAUUAAAAAGGGGUAAACGAAAAUUUCGAUUCGUAAAUACUCAACUUUGGCCUAAACUAAGUGGCUACUUAUUUUCUCGGCGUUGGCCUAAGAUUUUGGUCUAACUAUUUAUGAAUGAAGAAACGUGGGCGUUAUUCUCGUUUGAUUUUCAGAAAUGAAACGAAGUUGUUUGAAAUCUCGAUCGACAAUUGAUUUUGAUACCUCAUAACAGGGUGGCUCGAUAUAUCUCGUUGGUCGAAAAGAAAAAAGAAAAAUGAAAUGUCCUUGCUUCGCAUAUUAUUACGACAGUUUCCUUUUCCAUUUUUUCCUAUAAAACGGAUUCGCAACGCUCUGCCGGCGUAAAUAGGAAAAAAGAAUUAUUCAUCGUACAAUGAUUACGUCUAUAUACUUCUACGUUGCACUCGUCUUUCUACGAUACUCGAACCUCGUUGAAAAAUCGUCCUAUAAGAAAAGAAAAAAAAAAAAAAAAAACCGUGAGAAAUUUUAUUCGCGCGUUAUCAUAUUGGCCUUACGAAAUGUUUAAUCGUUGAACGUAUUCAUUGAAUAAUUAAUUUUUUUCCAAGUUAUUUAAUAACAAUUCGAGCUGCUUUGCACUUUCACGUCGAUAAACGUCCAUAUGAUUAUCUUUGAGUAUCUUAUCGUCGAUAAGAACUUGACCUUUGCAAAUUUCGGUAUCGAUAUUUAUUCUGCAAAAGCCUUGACGUAUUUCAGGACAAAGAACAAAAAUAUAACGAACAACACUAUCCCCUGUUAUAAUCUUAAAAUAUUAUUUGAACAGCCUGUUAAAUUCCACGAUACACAUAUGCACAUAUACACACUGACACGAUCGAUAGAUCUAUUUCUUAUUUUAUUUAAUUAGUACGUACUUAAUGAAACCUUGACAAUCAUAAAAAUUUCUCCUAACGAUUACUUUAAUAACAUUUCUAAAUAACGAUAAAAAUAAUUUUACGUGAUUCAGACUCGUUAAUGAAAAAAAUAAUAAUAUUUAAUCUAACCGGAUCUCUCUCGUUAAUUUCCUUAAACCUCGAGAGCUAAAAACCGCAAAUUGAUCUAAAUUAAAUUAAAUUAAAACUCUAAUUAAAUUAAAAUAAUAGCAAAAAUAUCUUUGUCCUGAUGAUAUAAAAAUGACAGACCUUAAAACCGUAAGAUCGGCUUGACUCAAUCGAAGAGUAAAAAUAAUAAUCAUUCAAUAUGAGAAAACGGGCUUGCUCCUUUUCGCGUGAUUCUUCGAGGUGGUCGUCCAUCGAUCGAGAAUCGAGAGAAAUUAUUUAUGAAACGCGAAAAUUUUUAAAAAUAAUGAAAAGAAAAGAGAGAAAACUCUAAGAGACGGAACAUACAAAGAGAAACGAAGAGAGAGAGAGAGAGAGAGAAAGAGAGAGUGAGGCACCGAACGAAUAACAAGGAAAGAAAGAAAGAUAGAAAGAAAAAGCCUUUCGCCGAGACGAUAUCAUUCAAGUCUCCCCUUUCGAAGACUCGUUGAAGGGAGAGAGAGAGAGAGAGAGAGAGAGAGAGAGAGAGAGGGAGAGAGAGAGGGAGAGAAAGAAAGAGAAGGGGACUGUAAACUCUUUGUCAUCCGAUCGACGCUGUCAAUUUUAUCGACGAGUUGUCGUCCUUCGAUGAUCGAGAGUUACGGAAAAAGGACGUAGAAAAGUUCGCGUACUGCGUACGCUACGAGAAAGGGGAAAAAAGCGAAGGAAAAUCGUGGAAAAGCAACGAUCGGACUCUCUCGACGAUUUUACGGAUGCGCGACGUCUACUACACCGACACACAGACACAUACUCAUUUAUAUACGAACGGACGGUAGAAGGAGACGAUAAAGAGAAAAAGAUGGGAAUAGAGAAAUAGAUAUCGAACGGCGUGAAGGAACGUUUGUAUUUCCUCGGUCGGUGGCGAAAAAUUGAGAUCCCUAUGUAAAUUUUAUUAAGAAGAAAAUAAAUUGAAAUAGAGGUCGAUCGAGACUCGCCGUUAAUUAACAUUAUUUGGCGCGACUGGGCCGAAGCGUGCGGAGAACGAGCACACGGAACAAGACGAAACGCGAUAAUAAACAUUAUACUGAGAGAAAGAGGAAACGAGUGAUAGAGAGAGAGAGAAAGAGAGAGAGAGAAAGAGAGAGAGAGAGAGAGAGAGAGAGAGAGAGAAAGAGCGAGAGAGAAAGAGAGAAAGAAAGAAAGAAAGAAAGGAAGAGAAAAGAGAGAUAAAACGAAAAGAAGACAAAAAAUAAUGCGCAAGAGGCGAAAGGAAUAAUGAGCAUACGUACAUACAUAAAUGCGUAAGUUUUAAGAAGACGUAAGCAGAAUUAAGUAAUAGUAUCUAACGUUAACACAUGCAAGCUAUUAAUUAUUAUAUUAUCGAUUAAUUAAAGAUAUAAAAAAAAAAAACAAACCGAGCGGAAGGUCGUAUCACGCUGCAGAUGAAGAAUACUUACUUAAGAUUAAUGAAAAAAAAAGACACACACACACUAAUAAACUAAUUAUUAUUGUACGAUUAUAUUAUAUUAUUAUUACGAAUAUGACUAUCGAGUUCGAGAUUAAGUCGUGAUAAAGAAAUAAACUGAGAGAAAGGAAGUGAGAUAGAAAGAAAAAGAUAGAUCACAAGCGAACGAACGAACGAAUGAACGAACGAACGAGCGAAUGUACUAAAGAAGGGAGAAAGAUCGAAUGCAAGCGAGAGUGAAAGAAAAAGAAAUGAGAGAAAGGGAGGGAGAAAAAAAAGUCGAGUGUUCGUAUGAGUGCGAACGAAAGUGAAGAAGCGAAUGAGAGAGUGAAAGAAUGAUAGAGCGAGAGACAGCGCGCGCGAAAAUUCUUUGUAAGUUCAUUGAGAAUAAUAAUUCCUCAAACUAUUAGGAUCAUAAUUAGGGUUAACUUAAUCGGUGAAUGCGCGAUAGCGGAAGCGACGAGGCUAUAUACAGAUAUGAAAGGAGGAGGAGCGGCAGAGAGAUGAAACUUUUUCUCCGUAGAAUUGCAACGACUCCUUUAAUCGCGUCUUUCGGUUUUUUUCACGUGUGCGCGCGUGAUACACACAUUGAGAAUAAAAAUAAAAAUUAAAUUAACCAAUAAUAAUAAUAAUAAUAAGAAAAAUAUGCGAAUCGAGGAGGGAAAACGCGUGAAUGGGACAAGGGUGUCUGCGAGAGAAAAAAGAAUAGUCGAAAAAUUAAGACAGAGAAUUAGAGAAAAGAAUAACAGAGAGAGAGAGAGAGUGAGAGAGAGAGAGAGAGAGAGAGAGAGAGAAAGGGGAAUAUAUAUAAUAUAUAUCGCGUGCGUACGCCAAAUAAAAAAAAAAAAAAAAAGAAAAAAAGGAGAAAAGAAAUAAAAACUAAUUGUUAGCACCGAGUGAGCAAAACUUUUCUGUGUGAUAAUCUCGUAGUACACGUAGCGCGUUAAGUCUACUAUACGUUUUCAGUAAGAGAACUAAAGGUGUGAAAUGGAAUUUUUUUUCUUCGGUAAAUUCGGAGAUGAAAGACGAGCGUGGAGCUUCCGAGUAUUCGUUUACCUCCUUUUCUUUUUUUCAUUUCAUUCCGAGAGGCCACGAAAAAGGGGAGAAUAAUUUUUAUCGAGAUUUCACUCGAAGCAUCCCUUCGCGGCUUCGACGUAACGACAUAUCAUCCUUAAUAAUGUUAUCGCAAUUGACUGUUAUGAAUGAAUUUUUCGUUACAGAUAGAAAGAGGAGUUCGUCGACUACUCCGACUCCUCUAUAUUAUCUUCUAAUUAAUUAAUAAUCUUAAGUUCCUUCGAUCCGAUGUUCGUCCUCGACUCUGGUUCCCAAGGAUAAAAAGACGACGGUUUUCCGUUUAGAAAUUCUCACAUAAAUGAUAUUUUACAGAGUGACGAGUCGCAGUCGAUACUCCUGCCUCGUCGACACACUUUCUUUUCGCGUCGAUGCCCGACGGUUAUGCGCAUAUGUAUUUGAUAAGAGAAUGAACGAGUAGAAGAAGAACGAAUAAUUGUUUCUUAGACCGACGAUACGUUCGAUCAGUCCUUCAAACGCUCUGAUUUGCAGGCUACCCGACGAGAGGCUGUCGAUACUCCAGCUCUCGAUUCACCUGCGAUCAUAGUAUAUAUACUAUACUAUACUCCCAUGCAUACAUAAUGUUAACGAAUAAUUUACGUGCCUUGGAACCAUAGUCGAUGCAUAACGAACGGAUCACUUUUUUCCUCUUAACUCGAUAUCGGAAGCCUCUCGGGAUAGCGACAUACUUUGGAGGAUUCACGCGAGUAAGCUGAAUUGCGGGAUUGGACGAAUGGGUGAGAGGGAGGGUGGGAUAGGUCGAAGGUUAUUUAGGAAGAAAAAGGUGUGCGCAAGAGAAAGAAAGAGAGAGAGAGAGAGAGAGAGAGAGAGGGAGAGAGAGAAAGCGAAAGAAUGCGUGUGUGUCGAGGAUGAGAGAGAUGUAGAAGCAUAGAAGGGAGCCAAGUGUCCUUGAUGCGACCGUCGUUGAAGCCACGAAAUCUCGCGAUCUCAACAGGUGAUUUUUUUUAUUCGAACGGAUGAUACAUUUAAAGAAACGGAUAUUAUAUAUAUAAAACAAAAAGGAAUGGAAAAAGAAAAGUUGAGAGAGUACGAGGGAAAAAGUCACGACUGAUAAGAAAUCCGUGUUAAUUGUGAUUUCGGAACUGAGUUCGGAGCCACGGGCGAGAUACGUUCGGCGCAAACCGAUCCUAUAGAAUGAGAGAGAAAGAAAGAGAGAGAGAGAGAAAGAGAGAGAGAGAGAGAGAG